AUGGGGAAAUUUCUAAAGGUUCUGAUGCCAUGGCGAAGCGGUGCAGAAGUGAAAAGCCGUGAAAAACAAAUCACUCAAAAAGAUGUUCCUAAGAAUAUCCCUCAAGCAGGGACCUACCAGAAAGUCUCGCAAAACUUCAAGAUGGACUUACCUCGCGGAACGUUGCAGUCUGACGUAGAUCAGAUGGUCUUCAACCAAGAUUGGACAUUGAACCCGCAGUGGGAGGUCUGGGCUGUCGGGGUAAAGACAAAGCGUGGCUGGGAAUACGUAUUCAAACAUAAGAGGACGGGUCAAGAGUAUGAUGAUGUGGACAUGAUCCGCUAUCGAGAUUCUUGGGUGUAUAUGAGUGCAAAGCAGAGACAAGAGAGAUUGGCAAGAGGAACCUCGCCAUAUCUGGGUGAGCAGGCCAAAUACGAGGCCGCGCGGAAGGUGAAUGAAUGGGAACAACGGAAUGACGAGUGGGUCGCACCCCCACCGACCUCUGGGCUCGCUACACCGACGGCCUCCAAAGCCUCGGUGAGCCGGAGCGGACAACCAUACCGGAAGGUAUCCGACCUAGAACAGAUUCCACGCUACGACGGUCAGUACGAACGGGAAGCGGCCGAAAAAUGGCUGCGGCGGAUCGACCAGUACUUCAAGGACGAACGGAUCCUGGCCCAGAAAGAAGCUACAGAACUAGAAAGGACCACAUUAGUCAACCGAAUGUUCGCGGGAGCUACUUGGGACCCCUUUGAUAUGCGAGCCUGCCACCGCGAAAAACCCAAGGAAAGGCCCAAGUCGCCAGCAACGAGCAGCGACGAUGACACACUGGGUGUGGAUCUCACUAUACGACGCACCGAGACAACAUCCCCACUUGCGGGGGCGCUUGGGCACCUUGGUAGUGAUUUUUAUAUCGUCCAGGGAGACGGCUUCUCCGGCAGCACAAGUGCGCCCCGGGGGUCGCGACUGAUCGUCGGCUGCACGAGGGCGCUUGGAAGGCUCUGGCUCCUCUAUGAUGGAUGA